AUGUCAGCUUUUAAGCCACACGGAGAGUUCACUGUUGAAGGUUCAUCCGUCCAGGUGAAUCAACAUAAGGUUGACUUCGUGGACGAUGACGUGGUGGAGAUAAGAUUCUCUGUUGUGCUCUGCAGACGUCCUACGUUCUAUUGGAUGGUCAUGACAUGGCAUGAUAUGCUGCUCUCCUGGAACGCCAGCCAAUAUGGAGAUCUCGACUUCAUUACGGUGCCACAGACGAAGAUCUGGCUCCCCGACUACGUCAUUGACAAUGACGUUUCUGCGAAAAGAUUCUUGGGAAACUCGGACACUCUCGUAUUUAUUAGGAGCAGCGGAUUGGUCACUUGGGAACCAGGGAUGGUUAGUGAAACAAGCUGCAAAAUUGACACCAGAAAGUAUCCCUUUGACACCCAGACCUGUUCCUUUGACUUUCUUCCCUGGAUGACAACAAGCAGGUUUUUGAACACUACAGUUUCAUCCAACAAGAUCCGAAUGUCAGGUUUCAUGCCACAUGGAGAGUUCACAAUAGCAGGGUCAUCAGUUGCGUUGGCUCGCUUUCCGACAACAUUUUCAGACGAUGAUUUGGUGGGGAUAAGCUUCUCUAUUGUGCUCAGCAGACGUCCGGCAUUCUAUUGGAUGAUCAUGGUAUUUCCAAUGGUGACAUUUCCACUGCUGAGUCCAAUCAGCUUCCUCGUACCUGUAGAGUGUGGGGAGAAGAUAACUCUGUCAAUCACCGUGUUGUUGUCCUACUUGGUAUUCAUUGGGUCACUGAAUGACGCGAUGCCAAAGUUGUCCGAUACAGUCUCUUUGAUGGUAAUAUAUGCCUCCUUACAAACAACUGUCAGCAUCCUCAUAGUCGUCGCCAAUGGAAUCAUCAUAUGUGUUCACAAACUGCCCUCAGACUUUCAAGUCACAUUUCCCAAGUUUCCCAAGAUGUCCCAAAUGCUUGUGGCAAUAGGGGAACAGAAGAAGUACCUGCCCAAAGGAGAGUCCCUUCAAAGUGUUACGGGUAACUCAGUGGGGUUGUGUCCAGAUGACCAAACACCAGAUGGGGCGUUUGAAGUAGAAAAGAAUGCUGUGUCCAGACGUGACAAUUGGAUUCUAUUUGCUCGUAGACUCGAUAAGAUUUGUUUCUCAUGCUUCUUGUGUCUUACUAUAUUGGUGUCAGUUAUAUUCGGGAUUCUUAUUUCCCAAUGAGUGGGUGAAUGAGUAAAUGCUGGUUAAGACUGUAAUCUGCAAUACCCCGUCUUUGUCAUAGUGGUCUAUACAAAUAAUGGAGCCUGGGCCUUGCCAACCAGUGUUCGAUAUCCACAAGUACUGGUCAGAAGCCAUUUUUGUAUGCCACUGGGUUGAUAUCAUGGGGAAUGGUCAACGGUGAAGACGUACGAAGUCACAAAAUCAGAAGGAUAUUCGAACACUGACAAGCUUUUAAGGUACCUAAUUAUCAUUGCAAAAUGAUUGAUAAACUCGUGUGGAUUCUGGGUUAGGAAA